AUGGAUGGUGGGAUUGAUAUCACUACUGUGGUGAAGCCAAUCCGGGAACCACGCGUUGUUGUUCAGACCUUGAGUGAAGUUGAUAUACUGGAUGAUGGGUACCGAUGGCGCAAAUAUGGGCAAAAAGUAGUACGAGGAAAUCCUAAUCCUAGGAGUUAUUAUAAGUGCACGAAUGCCGGUUGCCCUGUUAGAAAACACGUUGAGAGGGCGUCUCAUGAUCCAAAAGCUGUUAUAACCACAUACGAGGGAAAACACAAUCACGAUGUGCAUGUGCCUACUGCAAAGACCAGUAGUCAUGAUACAGCAGGACCAUCAAGGAUUAGAUCAGAAGAAAAUGGUGCCAUCAGCCUUGAUCUUGGUGUUGGCAUUAAUUCCGUUCCCGAACAUACUUCAAAUGAGCAUCAACGAUUGCAUUCUGAACUGGCCCAAUACCGCCCUCAGAAUGGUUUCAACACAGUUCAACCUACUCCGCUGGCAACAUACUAUGGCGACAUGAAUCAGUAUGGAUCUCGAGAAAAUCCGAGUGAAGGGCGUGGUGUUGGAAUUGCACCCCUAAACCAUUCUUAUGCAUUGCCACAGAGCAUGGGAAGAAUAAUAACAGGUCCAUAAAUCUGUUAACAAUGAAGGUGGCUGAAUAAAAAAUAUGGACAGCAAUUCAUUUCCCCCCAUCUUUUUCACUGGUAAAAGAAAAGAUUCGUCUUCUGAAAAUCUGGAAUUUUCCUACUAUAUACAUAUGUAUAUAUGUAUGUAUUAGUUUACCAUUUCAGCUUAUUUUGUUAUGUUGCCAAUCACUAUUUGUAUUAAACUUGGGAGUUUGUACAAAAGUGGAACGGAUACAAUUUUAUUUUUCACAGGAAAGUGUUUGUAAAACAAGUUCUUGUAAUGGAAUUUGUAAGAAAUACAAUAUAUAUUUUCUAU